CCAACCAACAAUCCACGCAAACCAUGCGCGCAGCGCGACGCGACUUUCAUGUGUCGUUUUGAGCUGUUGAGUCUGCUCAUCGUCUUCGUCCAGCGUCUCACUGUGCGGAGCCGCCAAAAGCAGGCUCCGACAACGGCAACCCCGCCAUUGUCGCCGCUGCCAUGCUCCACGAAAUCCUCCUCUCGCUUUCCGGACACCCCUCCGCGCUCUUCGAUACCCAUCAAGGUUCCACGCACGUGACGUCUACUGCCACCCGCUUGUUGUCGCCACCAGAGGCGGAACUAUUGGCUUCAAUAGGUCAUCUGUCGCGAUUGCACCGCAAAACACGCGAUCAUGUAGCAAGAGUUGCAAGUUCUCAUCCAUCCACUGUUUGCCGAGCAGUAGCUACCGCCAUAACUUCAUACCAUUUGGACAAGUUUCAGCACAAGAUUCUGGAGGUUGAAGGCCAGAUCUUGACGCAAGAUGCAUCGACAGUUGGAGCGUACAACAUCGUGCCGCUGGCCGGCAUUGUAGGCGAGUUCGCUGGGUGGGUGCGGUUGAUGGAAUGGCUAUGGGAUAUCAGUAACUUCAUGCUACCCUCAGAGCUGCCAUCAAAGAGCGAAACUAUCAGCCAAAAGACAGCCUCCGGCUCCGAGCUGAUUGACAGGAUGCGACUGGAAGCUCAAACAGGGUAUCCGGACAUCGAGGAAGCUGCUCAGUACUUAGGCAAGGUUGCUGAGACGGCAUGGCUCCGCCAGCUAUCAACAUGGCUCCUAUAUGGCCACUUGCCAUCUUUUGGAGCUUCUGACUUCUUCAUUGCGCAAGAGGAUGAAGAAUUCAAGGAACUCUCGCUCGUAGCUCGGAACAGGCUGCUACCCAAAUUUGUGUCUCGCCAAACAGCACUGUCCAUAAUGUUCGUGGGAAAGUCACUCAAUCAAAUACGAUCGUUGCCAUCCGCAUCAAAGACGAAAGCUACAACACCGUGGAUAUCAGAGCUUGAGCUCGUGCCAGUCCAUGUGCAACAUCUCUCACAAGUGACCGCGCCUAUCUCCUCUGCAAAACUAUCCGAGGUUGUUGCCAACAUACGAACAUCACUUUCACGCAAUCUACUUCAACACCUGUUACCUCGUGAAAAGAUUGUUGAAACUCUGAAUGUACUCCAUCAAUUCUUCCUACUUGGUCGAGGCGAGUUUGCGAUGGUGCUGAUAGCAGAAGCUGAUGAAAAGUUAUCCUCCCGACAUCGUGGCCCGCAGUCGACAAAGCCUGGCCAGGCUAUCAAGGGCCUGCUCUUGAAGGAAGCUGAGAUCAACCAAACUCUGGCGCGAUCACUCUCGGUGUUGUCAACCCUGGGCAGCGAAGACGACCAUAUCGAUGAUAUCCUCGAUGCAGCGUCAGAUGUCCUUCAUCUUGACGUGCACAGCGCAUCAGGCCAUCGCCUUGGCACACCUGGUCGCGCGAAGGAUGCUGAGUCUGCACUACCUCAGAUUCCGGAUAUGUCAUUCGAUGAGCUGUUACUUUCGGUGCCUGUCUCCCUCAGUAUGGACAUUCUGUCGCCCCUUGAUCUGUUUAUUACCAAAGCUGACGUGGAUGUGUAUUCGUCUAUAAACGACUACCUUUUGGCAGUCAGACGAGCUCACCUCCAUCUAGCGCAACUAUGGCGGCACAGCACGAUUCGACGAGAUCAUCCCGCUCCUCCAGGCUAUCGAUUCAGCAACUCAUCGCACGGAAAGGCGAUUUUGAAGCGACGUCGGCAAAGAACGAACCAGCGAGCAAGGAACAUGCGGAACAUCUGGGCCACCUGCCGAGCUGCCAUCUUCUUCCUGGCAGAAAGCGAGGCUUACUUCCAAGGAGAGGUUGUGCAAGAGUCGUUCAAGGUCUUCCUAACAUGGGUAAAAGGUCCCAAGAACCACCAGACUAGUGAAACUCGGCCAACAACCCCAGAUAGGCCCGUCACACGUGAAAAAGAGAAGGAUGUGCUUGACGGUGAAGUGCAACAGCAACAUGACCCCGAGGCGCUUGCGUUUGCACAUCGAAACUUCCUUGCGUCCAUCGCAUACUCACUCUUAAUUACCGACGGAGCCUUUACCAAACUGCUCCGUACCUUCUGCACUCACGUAGAUGAUCUUGUUGGCCACAUAACGCGUCUUCAGUCGAUUCAGCAGAACCUGGAUCUUGAAGAGGACGAAGGCGUGGAAGACUUCUCGCAGAAUUACAAGAAGGAGGAGUCUGACGUUAGCCUGGAAAUGGAUCGCGCGAGGAGGAGGCUUGAUAGCGACCUUAAGGGAUUAGUCGAGCGCCUGAGAGAGAUAGAUAGUGAGAGGAUUGGUGCAAGCGGACCGCGACCGGCGAAGGCGCUAGAUGAAGAAGAGGGUAGAUUCGAACCCCCUCGCGUUGGCGGCAUUGACCGAUUGCUCAUGAAACUGGACUGGGGCGUUGAAGAUGCUGAAGAUGAGUAUGACGAUCUGCUAUAAUCACGUCCAACAAUGAAUAACACCC